AGUGUCACAAUCAUAUGAAAAAUAAUACUUAAAGCGAAAUAUUUCAGAUUAUGAAAUAACUUAUUCAAUUUAAUUUUCAAUCGCAAAAAGAUAUGGCUUCAUUUAUAUUACGUAGAAAUAUCGUAAGCCGACAUUUUAAAAAGCCCUUUUAUCAGAAUAAACGGAAUGCGGGAUACGUCGUAUUAAUUCCAGAAAUAGGUGAAGAUGCAGAGAAAAAUACAUUGCUACUUGACAAUGGUUUACCCGAGUUUAACGAUGUCACAAUUGAGAAAUGCAUCGCAUCAAUUAGCAAACAAAGUAUGGAAUACGAGAGUGGUGUAAGAGAGGUUGAACAAUCAGCAGCGGAAUGUAAAAAUGCUUUUGUAGAAAUAUUUCAACCAUUAGAGAAACUUGAUAGCCAACUCGAGCUAACAUGGGGUGUAACUAAAACUUUGUACUUGGGCAACAGUUCUCUAAUGCCAACAAAAUCAUAUCUACAAAUACAUGAAAGAGCACAUAAAGCUAGGUCGUCGAAAUUCACUAGCAUACCUAUCUUCCAAGCUGCGGUAAACGAAAAAAAUCGUUUAAAAGAUCUUACAGAUGAAGAACAAAGAUUAUUAGAUAAAUACAUUUUAGAAGGUAAAUUAAAUGGUUUAGAUGUUAAAGGUGUUAACCGUGAAAGAUUGAAUAGUGUUUUAACUACAUUACAGAAAGAGAGGAAUUUAUUCCGUGAAAAAGUAAACUUUGCAACUAAAGCCUUUAAAAGCACAAUAAGUGAUGAAGAACUUGUAAAAGAAUUUCCCGAAAGUCUUGCAAAGUCUAUGUCAGUAAAUAAUGAUGCAAGCAAAGGGCCAUGGCUCGUGACUCUGCAACCACAUAUCUAUGAACCCUUUAUGCAGUAUUGUCCAGACAGAACUCAAAGAUGGAAUGCAUGGCAAGGUUAUGUUCAACGGUGUUCUGGUUACGGCAAUAAGGAACUUGAAACAAGUACUAUAUUAGAAAAUAUUCGCAGUUUACGACAGGAACAAGCUACUAUUCUUGGCUUUGAUACAUAUGUUGACAUGAGCAUGGAAACCAAAAUGGCAGGGUCUAUAGAAAAUGUCAAAAAUAUCCUGGAUAGUUUGCUUGAAAGUGCUCGACCGAUGCAGGAUAUUGAAAUGGCUGCUUUACAAACUUUUGCAAACGAAAGGGGCUUAAAUAAAAAAUUGGAACACUGGGAUAUUCCGUAUUGGCAAAGGAAGCAAAAAUGGUCUAUGUACAAUUUUGAUGAGGAUAAAAUCCGAGAAUACUUUCCGCUGCCCAGAGUUGUAAACAGCUUGUUCAAUCUGUGUAGUACACUGUUUAAGAUUCAAAUCGUUGAGAGAUCUAAUGUGCAGACAUGGCAUAAGGAUGUUAAGUUUUACGACGUAUUUGAUGAGUCCAGUAACAGUCCCAUUGCUGGAUUCUAUUUCGAUCCAUACGCACGUCAGAAUGACAAGAUCCGCAUUUACGAUGACGCGGGAUGGCACGUUUCCAUUCGCAAUAAAUGUGCCGUCACAUCAACGCAGCCUCUUUCCGCGCUGAUAUUUAAUUUCCAAGCUCCCGUAGAUGGAAAACAGUCCUUGCUAUCGUUCAAAGAAGUUACCAUAUUGUUCCAGAGAUUUGGACACUCUUUGAGGCAUUUGUUAACCAAAGCAAACUACUCUGAAGUGGCUGGACUUUCGAAUGUUGAAUGGGACGCGGCAGAAGUGUGCGGUCAUGUUAUGACACACUGGGUGUACGAUCCACAUACUAUACACGCGAUCAGUGGCCACUACAAUACCGAGGAGCCUUUACCUGAUGAUAUAGUACAGAAUUUACACAAUGUAAGACGGCACAUGUCCGGAUACGAGCUAUGCCAGGAAUUGUACUUGUCUCGAUUAGAUCUCGAGCUAUAUUCGACGAAGACCUUCUGGAGAGAUCUUGUUAGACAGAUGUGGCCGAAGUAUAAUGUAUUGCCAUUCGACAAAUAUGAUUCUCAUCCUUUGUCGUUCACGAAAAUCGUUUCUGAAGAGUGGGGCGCUGCGUACUACUGCCAUUUAUGGUCUAAGAUGAUAGCUGCUGAUAUCUUCAGCGCUUUCGAUGAAGCCAGACAAGGUGACGAGGAUAUAUUGGCUGUGGGGCGGAGGUAUAGAGACACGUUCCUAGCGACGGGGGGCGCUUGCCACCCGAGCGAAGUGUUCAGAAGGUUCCGCGGUAGAGAUCCCUCGCCGCACGCGCUUUUGAAAAAUCUUGGACUGCCCAAAAAUAUUGUAGAGGAAUAGAUCAUGUGUUAGUUGUGUAUUAUAGUAAAUUGCUGUUGAUAUAAA